CCUUCACUGCCUGCCGUCGCUUCCUGAUUGGUUUCACAGUGAACAUGGCGGCUGUUAGUAAGUAUUUGACAGCCGGCAGUUCCUCAGUCGCAGGUGCUCUGCUGUUUGCCGUGUACGUUUUAAAACAGAGACUGUCUACGGAAAGCAAUGGCGAGAAGAAGGCUUCAAAUCCACUAUUUAACAAUAAUAAGGAUGACAAGACAGACAAGGCUGCAGUUGACAAGGUGUUCUUUAGGCGCAUUGGGCAUAUCAUGAAAAUCCUGAUUCCACAGACCAUUUCUAAAGAGUCGGGAUAUUUGCUUCUCAUAGCUGUCAUGCUUAUGGCCCGAACCUACUGCGAUGUCUGGGUGAUCCAUAACGGGACCAUGAUUGAAAGUGCGAUUAUUGGACGUUCAACAACCACUUUCAAAAGAUACUUGCUCAACUUUAUCACAGUCAUGCCUUUUAUAUCACUAGUGAAUAAUUUCUUGAAGCUGGGUCUCGAUAAACUGAAGCUGUGCUACAGAGUGAGACUUACCAGUCACCUUUACAAUGAGUACUUGACGGGGUUCACAUACUACCAAAUUGGCAAUUUGGACAACCGCAUUGCUAAUCCUGACCAGCUGAUAACUCAAGAUGUGGAGAAGUUCUGUAACAGUGUUGUGGAUCUCUAUUCCAACAUCAGCAAGCCUCUACUGGACAUAUUGAUCUACAUCUGCAAACUGAACACAUCCAUUGGUGCACUUGGCCCUGCUACUUUGCUGAGCUAUCUGGUCAUCUCUGGUCUCAUUCUGACGAGACUGCGCAGGCCGAUUGGCAAGAUGACUGUAACAGAGCAGAGGUAUGAGGGGGAGUACAGAUACGUCAACUCUCGUCUCAUCACUAACAGUGAAGAGAUUGCGUUCUAUAACGGGAACAGGAGAGAAAAGCAAACAAUUAAUGGAACCUUUCAAAAACUGGUUGACCACUUGAGUCGCUUCAUACAUUUCCGUUUCUCGAUGGGUGUCAUGGACAGCAUAAUAGCCAAAUAUAUAGCCUUGGUGGUGGGCUACCUGGUUAUUAGCCGGCCCUUCCUGGACCCCACAAACAAGCGACAUCUUAAGAGCACAUACUCUCAGCGGCUUGAGGAAUACUACCAGACCGGGCGGAUGUUGAUGAGUUUGGCACAGGCCUUGGGAAGGAUUGUCCUGGCAGGCAGAGAGAUGACCAGAUUGUCCGGGUUCACUGCACGGAUCACAGAAAUUCAAGAGGUUCUUAAAGAGCUGAAUUCAGGCAGAUAUGAACGGACCAUGAUCUCACAGCGAUCCAAAGACAAUCCAGUUGAGAAAAUCCCUCUCAUCCCUGGGAGUGGAGAAAUCAUCAUCGCAGACAACAUAAUCAAGUUUGAACACAUACCUUUAGCAACACCCAAUGGAGACAUUCUCAUCCAUGAUUUAUCUUUUGAGGUGUCAUCUGGGACAAAUGUGUUGGUCUGUGGUCCCAAUGGCUGUGGAAAGAGUUCACUUUUCAGAGUGCUGGGAGAGCUUUGGCCUCUGUGUGGAGGACGCCUCACAAAACCAGAGCGAGGGAAGUUGUUCUAUGUUCCUCAGAGGCCAUACAUGACAUUGGGUUCCCUUAGAGAUCAAGUGAUUUAUCCUGAUACAAAUGAAGACCAAAAAAAGAAAGGAACAUCUGAUCAGGUGCUGAGGGAAUACCUGGACAAUGUCCAGCUGGGACAUAUCCUGGACAGAGAGGGGAGCUGGGAGAGUGUGCAAGACUGGAUGGAUGUCCUCAGUGGAGGGGAGAAGCAGAGGAUGGCUAUGGCUCGCCUGUUCUACCACAAGCCCCAGUUUGCUAUUCUGGAUGAGUGCACCAGUGCAGUCAGUGUUGAUGUGGAGGACUUCAUAUACAGCCACUGCAGAAAGGUUGGCAUCACACUGUUCACAGUCUCCCAUAGGAAAUCACUAUGGAAGCACCACAAGUAUUACUUGCACAUGGAUGGAAGAGGAAACUACGAGUUUAAACCCAUUACGCUGGAAACCGUGGAGUUUGGCUCAUAAUAUUGACAUGGGCCUUAAACAUGAGCCAAUAUGUGUGUAAAUCGUUCAUUUUCAGCAAUUGAAAUCAACUGAAUUGAAUGCAACAGUUCUAGUAAAAAUAAUUUUACAAACGAUUUACACAAAAAUUAGCUGCUUGUGUUUUAUAAUUCAGGCCCAUUGGUACUAAAUGUGUGAUGCAAUAAUCAUUCUGUACUCCAUGGAAUUCUUUCUUUAUAUACUGUAAGACAUUAUUGUUCAAAUAACUUAACCUCGUCUAAGGGGAAGGAUUGAAACUAUAUCUCUCAGGGAGAGGUUCAAGUACUGUGCAUUAUCUGAAAAGAUUUUUGUAUGGAAUAAGAUUAGGUUUGAUAUGUUUUAAGAAUCAAACAUUUGUAAGUAAAAGAUGUGUUUUUAUGUUGGUUCUUGAUUGUAUUUGUUGAGUGAAACUGGAAUAUUUAAGUCACUGGGUCUGGGCCAUGUUGUCAUCAUUGUCUGGAGUUGUUUGAUUCCUAAAUGUCCUGAACAUAUUGCUGCAUGCCACUGGUGUAAUUAUGAGCAAACCUUAUCUUCAUGUUAGCCGUAUUAUUUUAGUGUAACAGGCUGUAUUUGUAAAUGUUAUUAUAUGGGAAAUUUGUUUUAGGCAAUAAAUAGUCUUGCCUUACAAGAGUAUAUAUACCCUUUACUAAAAAAAAAAACGUACAUUUUAAAAGGUAUUCUGAUAUAUAUAUUUUUUUUUCAAUUAACAAUUUUUAUUGAUUCACAUAU